GUUUUAAUGCUUCCUUGUGCAUAUUGUUAGGAAUUUUAUAGUGCAGGACAAGGAUUUAAACUGAUAACAUAAUAAGGGCGCACACAUUUGACAUCGGUAAGGAUGAAGAUUAAAAUAAUAUUUUCGAUUUGGUUUUGUGGCCAGGUCAUUCUGUCAGAUCGUGAUCUUCUAAACCAGCCAGGAAUAACUCCUAACAUCACAAGCUCACGAUAUUUUGCUGAUUGGUCCGCAGACAAAAUUCUCUCCGACGUCAGCCAAGAGGCUGACUUAUGCCAGUGCUGUGCAGCAAUUAUAACAACGGGAUAUAUAUCCAUAGACUUAAUGCACAAAUACGAAGUCAGCCGAGUUGUUGCACUUGGGCGUCGUGACAAUGGCGGUGCUCAAUUUGAAAACAUUACAUUGACAGUCAAUGACGCAGAAACUGUGACGUUGACUUUUAAAAACGAUACUUUUCUUGUGUCAGAAUUUUUACCAUACCGUCUCAUACGAACAGUAACAAUAUCUGGUAGAAACACAAGGGCUGAUGCUAUGACCAUAUGUAACGUGAAGGUGUUUGGGCUCCCAUAUUCAUGUGUCCCGGGGAAUAACGAAGAUGGAUGUCCCUACCAGUGUGGUCAAUGUCGGGAUGGGAAUACAACAUGCAACAACGAUGACGGACACUGUCCAAAAGGUUGUGCGGCUGGAUACAAAGGAUACUUGUGCAAUACUGGUGAGUUUACACUUACGUAA